CUUCUCCUUCUACCCCAACCGAAACAGAAACCCUAACCCUAACUCUCAAACUGCGAAUCGGAGAAGAUGUCAGGGUGGGACGAAGGAGGCGUGUACUACAGCGACCAAGCGCACUCAUGGGACGACGCCGGCCUCACCGAAUCGGAAGCCGGCGCCUCCAAUCACUCCCUCCUCCAGAAGUUCAAGGAAUUCAUCCGAAACUUCGAAACCGGCAACAACUACUUCCCUUACAGAGAGAGCCUCCUCAAGGACCCUAGCUUCCUCCUCGUCGAUUUUGAAGAUCUCGGCACCUUCGAUGAUGCCCUUCCCGGCAAGCUCCGCGCUAACCCCGCCGAUUUCUUGCCCCUGUUCGAGACGGCGGCGGCGCAGGUUCUGGUGAGUUUGAAGACCAAGGUGCCUGGGGAUACCGGAGAAAUGGAGGAUCCGGCGCCUAGGGAUGUUCAGGUUCUCCUCACCUCCAAGGAGGAUCCAGUGCCUAUGAGAUCGCUAGGGGCUCAAUACAUAUCGAAGCUUGUUAAAAUUGCUGGGAUUACUAUUGCUGCGUCGAGGACGAAGGCAAAGGCAACUUAUGUCACCCUGAUAUGUAAGAACUGCAGGAAUGUGAAGCAAGUUCCGUGUAGGCCUGGACUUGGGGGAGCAAUUGUUCCUCGUUCCUGUGAUCACGCUCCUCAGCCUGGAGAAGAACCUUGCCCAAUUGAUCCGUGGCUUGUAGUUCCUGACAAAAGCAAGUACGUUGAUCAACAAACAUUGAAGCUGCAAGAAAAUCCGGAGGAUGUUCCAACUGGAGAACUCCCUAGAAACCUGCUUCUCUCUGUAGAUCGUCAACUUGUUCAAAAAGUAGUACCAGGCUCAAGAUUGACAAUCAUUGGAAUCUAUAGUAUCUACCAGGCUUCCAACUCUUCUACAUCCCAAAAAGGAGCCGUUGCAAUUAGACAGCCUUACAUUAGGGUCGUAGGAAUGGAGGAUGAAAAUGAUGCCAAGUCCCGAGGACCAGAUAUUACAGAAAAAGAGAAAGAAGAAUUCAGAAAGUUUGCAGCUCGCCCUGAUGCAUAUGAAGCAAUAUGUAAAAAGGUUGCUCCAUCUAUAUUUGGACAUCAGGAUAUAAAAAAGGCUGUGGCCUGUCUUCUAUUUGGAGGAUCGAGAAAGAAUUUGCCAGAUGGAGUGAAAUUAAGAGGUGAUAUUAAUGUGUUGCUUCUGGGGGAUCCGUCUACAGCAAAGUCACAGUUUCUCAAGUUUGUUGAAAAGACAGCUCCUAUUGCUGUUUAUACUUCUGGGAAAGGGUCUUCAGCUGCUGGGCUCACAGCUUCUGUAAUUCAAGAUAGCAGCACUCGCGAGUUUUAUCUUGAAGGAGGAGCUAUGGUCUUGGCUGAUGGAGGUGUGGUCUGCAUCGAUGAGUUUGACAAGAUGAGACCAGAAGAUAGAGUUGCCAUUCAUGAAGCCAUGGAACAGCAAACUAUAUCCAUAGCCAAAGCAGGAAUAACAACUGUUCUUAAUUCAAGAACUUCUGUUCUUGCUGCUGCCAACCCUCCUUCAGGACGUUAUGACGAUCUCAAGACUGCACAGGACAACAUUGAUUUACAGACCACUAUUCUUUCUAGAUUUGAUUUAAUCUUCAUUGUGAAGGACAUCAGGUCGUACGACCAAGAUAAGGAAAUAGCUGGUCAUAUCAUUAAGAUUCAUUCAGAUGCUUCUGGUGUAACAAUGGGUGAGAGUAAUGUUUCCAAAGAAGAGAAUUGGCUGAAGAGGUAUUUGCAAUAUUGUCGAAGAGAGUGCCACCCUCGUCUAUCGGAAUCUGCAGCAGAAUCACUGCAGACUGACUAUGUAAAAAUCAGACAGGAUAUGAGGCAGCAAGCAAAUGAAACUGGAGAAGCUGCUGCAAUACCAAUUACUGUAAGGCAGCUGGAAGCUAUUGUUAGGCUGAGUGAGGCACUUGCAAAGAUGAAACUAUCUAAUGUCGCAACUGAGGAGCAUGUGAAAGAAGCAACAAGGCUUUUCACUGUGGCUACGAUGGACGCAGCUAAGUCAGGAAUAAACCAACAAAUUAAUCUUACACCUGAAAUGGCGAAUGAGAUAAAGCAAGCCGAAACCCAGAUAAAGAGAAGACUUGGGAUUGGAAACCACAUAUCAGAAAGAAGGCUGAUUGAUGACCUCGGAAGAAUGGGAAUGAAUGAAUCUAUUGUGAGAAGAGCCCUUGUUAUCAUGCACCAGAGAGACGAAGUAGAGUACAAGCGAGAAAGGCGUGUUGUAUUCAGGAAAGCAUAAUACAUCAGAUUUCUAUCUAUCAAAGGGCAUGCAGAAUGGCAAUUGAUUGAGUUCUACCUGUAAUUUUUUUCUAGCUUUUUUUCUUUUGUUUAACUUAUUGCUUCUUCAAGCAUAUCCCAUGUAUAUUAAUCGUGUGCUCUCAUGGUAAGGGGGGAACUGGGAAGUCUAGCGUUACUUAGCGUUAUGGAAUUAUGAACAUUUUUUAUUGCACAGCUCUGGAAUCUGGAUUGUUUCAAAACAAUGUCUCUUACGAGGUCCACGAUAAGUUGUGAUUGUAAUACUUCAGCGUAUGAUAUCUAAUAGGGAGCAUGACCCCCAAAGAGCUUAUUUGAGGCUGCUUUAACGUAAAAAAGAGGAUGCUUUAAAUUAAUUAAUUUUUCUAUCAUUUGUA